CUGUAAACAGGGGGCGUGGCUGCGGUGUGAUUGGCUGGUGCCGCUCUGGCGGAAACGGCGGUGGCCGCGGGGCCGGUGUCAGGUGAUCCGAACUGAACAGCGCUGAGUGGGAGAGCGCGGGGGGCCCUUGGCUGUGAGUGCAAGUGCCCGGAGUUACAUCCGCGCCUCUGUCCGGUUCGGCCCAUGGAUGAGACGAGCCCACUGGUGUCUCCGGAGCGCGGUCCGGGACCUGGAUAUGGGGUGCCUGGCGGUGCUGUGCGCUCCCCGCCCUGUCCCAGCGUCCCCUCUGGACCACCAUGCCCCUGUCCUUCCCCGCCGGGAUCUCCUGCAGGUGGCCGCGACCGGGAGCGCCAGCCCCUCCUGGAUCGGGGUGCGAGUGUGGAGCGUGGAGUGCGAGGGGCUGUAGGGACAGCUGGGUCGGCCCAGGUCCAAGCUCAAGCUGGGUUGGGGACAGCGACUGCCGCGGCCCGCGGAGAACGGGAGCCCCGGAAUGAGUUCCCCGAUGACCCAGAAUUCGCCGAGGUGGUGCGGCAGGCAGAGGUGGCAAGCGAACGCGGCAUCUACCCUGAGCGCAUCUACCAAGGGUCUAGUGGCAGCUAUUUCGUCAAGGAUCCACAGGGGAAAAUCAUUGGUGUGUUCAAACCCAAGAACGAGGAGCCCUAUGGGCAGCUGAACCCUAAGUGGACAAAGUGGCUGCAAAAACUGUGUUGCCCCUGCUGUUUUGGAAGGGAUUGCCUUGUCCUCAACCAGGGAUAUUUAUCUGAGGCAGGUGCUAGCCUUGUUGACCAAAAGCUGGAACUGAACAUUGUUCCCUGCACAAAGGUGGUGUACUUGGCCAGCGAAACAUUUAACUACAGCGCCAUUGACAGAGUGAAGUCCCGGGGCAAACGCCUGGCCCUGGAGAAAGUGCCAAAAGUUGGGCAGAGGUUUCACCGAAUUGGGCUUCCUCCAAAGGUGGGCUCCUUCCAGCUGUUUGUGGAAGGAUACAAGGAUGCAGAUUACUGGCUGCGGCGCUUUGAGGCUGAGCCUCUCCCAGAGAAUACUAACCGCCAAUUGCUGCUGCAGUUUGAGAGACUGGUGGUGCUGGACUACAUCAUUCGCAAUACUGACCGGGGAAAUGACAACUGGCUCAUCAAGUAUGACUGCCCUCUAGACAGCACAAGCAUGCGGGACUCAGAAUGGGUAGUGGUGAAGGAGCCUGUAAUUAAACUGGCAGCCAUUGACAAUGGCCUGGCUUUCCCUCUCAAGCACCCAGACUCCUGGAGAGCAUACCCUUUCUAUUGGGCUUGGCUGCCCCAGGCCAAGGUGCCCUUCUCCCAGGAGAUCAAGGACCUGAUCCUGCCAAAAAUCUCAGACCCUAAUUUUAUCAAGGAUUUGGAAGAAGACCUCUAUGAACUCUUCAAGAAAGAUCCAGGUUUUGACAGGGGCCAGUUUCACAAGCAGAUUGCUGUCAUGCGUGGUCAGAUUCUGAAUCUGACACAGGCCUUGAAAGAUGGGAAAAGCCCCCUUCACCUGGUCCAGAUGCCCCCUGUCAUUGUAGAGACAGCUCGCUCCCAUCAGCGCUCCGCCAGCGAGUCAUACACGCAAAGCUUCCAGAGCCGCAAGCCCUUCUUUUCCUGGUGGUAGCAGUUGCCUCUCUACUCGUUGAGGAACCUGAGUAUCACUUGACAACGGGCAACCAAUCCUCCAGACUCAGGCAGCUGUGCUGCAGCCUGUGGGAAAUACAAGCAGGCCCUCCAGUCGGCCUCAACUCUGCACAUUCCCAGCUGGAAAGGAGGGCCCUUCAUUAGACCGACUGCUACUCCCCUCUUGCUGUGGGCUGGACAUGCCUGCUCCCUAGCCUGAGCAAGGCAGCAUCUCCUAGCAGGUGCCUGCAUGCAGCAUCCUUUGGUUUCCAGCUAACGUCCAUGUGGGUGGAGAACACGCAAAGUCCUCUGCCUGGGAAGGCUGGUGAUGAGGGGAUUAUCUGAGUUGGAUAGAAGUGCCACUGAUCUGUGUGCAACUGCCAGCCUUGAUAUUCCUCCCUCCCUCCCUAUACCCUGUUUAUCCUGUGGGGCAGGGCAGGGCGGGUGGGUCCUGCCCCACUAGGCUCCCUCUGUUACCCUUGGUCCUAUGGCGCUCCUCCUAGUGCAUCAGUCAUGUCUUGGGGCCAUCCAUAGGGAGCAUAGCCAUAACCGGCUGCUCCUGGAGGAAUCCAGGGUGGAACAGAGAGGGAAGAAGAAUUUUAGCACUGGACUAGAGCCUGUUGGUGCAGCUUUUAUCAGCCUGGGAUCAUGGGAAAUGCAAGAAGAUGGGUCCUGCAAGACAAUAUUAACUGCUGUGCUUCCCUUCCUUCCUUCAGCAAUGGAGUAAAAUGCCUCAAAUAAUAGAUUUUAAUACGGUUUUAAAUUAUUUAUCCCAAGUGCAUAUACUUGUGCUCUAUGUAGUUCCAGAGCAAGUGAGAGGUUACUCUGGUACUAUUACCUUGUGCUAGUUAACACCUAUCUAGUCUCAUCUCUAGAGAAAUAGCUGUGCCUCCUCUCCAGCAAUGCUGGGGUGAGUGGGAGGCAUAAAAGAGGCUACUUGCAGAGGUGGCUCCCUCCUACUCCCUACUGAGGUAGAAUCCUCCCCUGGGUUGCAUUUGAGCAUUGACAAUCGGGUGGGGGGAGGUUCUCUGUAGGGUGUUGCCUGCUGGCAUGGGAGAGGUGGCCUCACUACAUCCUCUGCAACCGUGUAAGGCGAAGUCCUCACAUUAGGAUCACUACCAUGCUGAGGUUAUCUGUGCCCUGUGUGCAAUGGAAUGGUACAAUGAAUGCUGCUUUUCUAUAGGCUACUGUGCUAAAUCCCUGGCAUCAAGAACUUCCCAUCUGAAAUUGUCCAUAUAAGCAUCCUGAUUUCUCCUUGGGUGCUGGUGAUUUGGCUGCCACCCAGGCCUGCAAGAAGUCUUGAGUCAAGUUAAGCUCAGCUUCUCUGCUAUUCUGAGCAGGGGCCUGGUACCCUGUAUGUGGGGACUGCCUCUUUUUCUGACUGAAGACAGUUCCCUGCUGUAUGCCUGAGGUGCCAGGUUAAAGCCGCUGUACUUGAUGCUAGGCAAGGAUUAUUUUCCUUUUUGCCAGCCUAAAUUGAAAUGUAUUGUUCUUAUGCACUGUAGAAAUAUAUGUAAUAUAUUUAAAUCAAUGCAAUUAUCUUCAUAACAGGUCUGCAAUUGCA